AUGAAGCUUGCUGCUCUUCUUUCCCUCGUUCCGACGCUGGCCUUUGGCGCCCCGGCGUCCAACAACUUCAUCCUCGGUUUCACUUGGUCCGACGGGUCUCAAGGCUUUCUCACUGCGGACAAGCUCACGAGCAAGAUUUGCUACUUUCCGCUGAAGCCGGUCAGCGACGAGGUCGACAGGUUGUGGUUCUUGAAGCUGAACGAACAAGACGCUGUUCAAGGUAGCUACGGCGAUUGCGGUGCCUUGAUGAACCAAGGUGGCGGUGAGAUCUACCUCAAGCAGAUCAUCAACCUCAUCGCCGAUGGACGUCCGGUGCCUGGCGCCAGGAUUGACUACCUCUACGGGGAUAAUCGGAUGACCCACAACCUUAACGAGGUGUGGCAUCGUGUCGGUUAG